GCUGCAGCUCUGUGAGCUUCCUCUCUCAGCUGACGAUGAGGAGGACGUGUGUUGUUCUUCUUCUUCUCUGGGAUUGUGGACUCACUGUGAGCCGUCUCUGAACCUCCUUCCUCGUCUUCUUCUUUGACCCCCGUCUUUGUCGUCUUUGUGUGUUGACUUCGGUGAAAUGUCUCUGACUGUAGCGGACCUGACCAGAGGAGCGAUGACGGAGUUCCAGGAGAAGCUCCGUCAGCAGCACGAGGAGUCGAUGCACCGCGAGCUGGAGGCGCUGCUCACGACAGAAACCAACAAGAGUGAGGCUGAGAUCUCCAGAAAAGACUUCGAUGGAUUCAAGAAGCUCUUCCACAGAUUUCUGCAGGUCAAAGGUCCCUCGGUCGACUGGGCCAGAAUCAACCGACCGCCGGAGGACUUGGUGAGCAGCACACACUCACUCCCCCUCCCCCGACAAGUCCCAAUGUUUGCCACAGGUCAGAGUUCCAUGUUGGAAUCCGCUGAGCUGCAGCCCAAG